GAAGAAGUUAUGACUCAGUCAUUAUGAAAUGUUGGACACGGAGCGUCUACCUUGCAGUUUUGAGGGGAUUCUGAGUAAAUUUCUACAAGGAGGAAAGCCGUAAUUGGUUUCAUACGAACUAAUCGUGUGUUCGAUAAAGUCACAGAUCAUGUCAGCAUUUGAGAUUGCCCUGCCCCACAGCCAGAAGGAUAGUAGAAGAAAAGACUCAAAAGCGAUGUCUGCAGAAGUAUCCCCAGACUCCAAGUGCCCCAUCUGCUUGGAUAAGUUCAACAACAUUUCCCACUUGGACCGCUGCCUGCACAAGUUCUGUUUCCGCUGCAUUCUGGAGUGGUCCAAAAACAAGGCGGAGUGUCCGCUGUGUAAACAGCCGUUUAACUCCAUCUAUCACACCAUCAAGUCGGAUCAGGACUUUCAAAAGUACGAAGUUAAACAGCGUGUGGAAAAUUCUUCUUUCGGAUAUUUUGAGGGCGUGCGCUUCAGAUACCGCACAACCCUCACUGGAGUUCAUCGACAGAUGAGAAGAACCUCUCCGCCUCCAGACAACGGAGUGAUGUUCGAAGCCCCGGCAAGUCUACCCCAGCAGCGGCAAGACCGCUACAUUCGACGCAUGAUGCUGAGGCUGGAAGCCAAGAGGAGAGCUGAGAGGGAAGGCAGGGCUGUGAACAACGUCAGAGAGCAGGAGAUGAUAAACUUCAGGAGGGAGCUGUAUCGUCGAGGGGUGAGGGUCCGAAGUGUGAGGGACGGAGGCCGGUCCCGAGACACUUCUGCCGAGUUUUAUAGAAGAAAUCCAGCCUGCCUGCACAGAUUGGUCCCCUGGCUAAAACGAGAACUGAUGGUGCUCUACGGGGACCAUGGCUCUCUGGUCAACAUAAUUCAGCACAUCGUCAUGUCACGUGUCACACGUUAUGAUAUGGAGGAUGGCGCUAUUCAGGAACAGCUUAGGCCAUUCCUGCAGCGACGAACAGAGCACUUCUUACACGAGUUCAUCAGUUUUGCAAGAUCCCCUUUCAAUAUGGAGGCCUAUGACCAGCAUGCUGUUUAUGACUGCCCAGCCCCCUCCUCAAAUGAAGAUGACAGCUCCAAUUCAUCUGUAAUCGCUAUCUCUGAAGAUGAGGAAAACUCUGCAGAGAUGGACCAUCCGACGUCUACUCUUGGCCACUCUGUGUGGGACGAUGAGACACCUGGGCCUUCAUAUUUCACAACAGCUGACCAGAGCAGGGCAGAACCUCUUUCAGUUCUGGACCUGGACUCGGAGAGCAGUUCAGACGAGGAAAGACGCGAAUCUGGGGCUUCUCCGCAGCUAGUGAGUACAUUGAACCAGGCUGAUGUGCCUGAAAGUGAUCCUAAUGAAGACUGUGUUAUUGUCGGCUUUGUUAAGCCUACAGCAGAGAGGACUCCUGAGCUGGUUCAGCUGUCCUCUGACUCAGAAGAGUCUGCUUUUGAAGAUAUAGAAGAAGUGCCUCUUCAGUCUCGUCACAUCCGUUUUACCAGCUGUAGUCCCACUCCUACACAGAUGAGUGAUUCCAGUCAAAGAACAGAAAAUGUAGAAACCGAUCUCCGUCGUCCAUUGGAGCUGAAAGAAAGAUGUCGCUCUCCAGCGUCUAGCAGACCCAAGAAAUCCAAAAAAUCCAACAGUAAAGAAACGGAUAAAAAUCAAAGGAGGAGGCACAAAUCAAAGGACAGAGACCAUGAGAGGAAAAGGAGAAGGUCUAAAAGUGGAGAGCGCAGGCGUGCCAACAAAAGCCCUGCGAGCUCUAACAGCAGCGUCGGAUCUCAUUCUAAUGAAACAGAUUAUUCUUUUUCCCACGGCAAAGACUUCUCAAAGUGUGAAACAACGAGCAGAAGGGGGGACCGGGACCACAGCUAUCAGUCUUACAGCCAUUACAGACGAGAGAAAAAUGGGAGCAUGAUGCACUUCACACACAGACAGUCCUACUAUUUCAGCAGCCGCAGGUGCUCUCGCUCGAGGAGCCGCAGCAGGGAUUCAGAGAGGCGACACAGGAGACGGUCCCGAUCCAGAAGUUGGUCUAGCAGCCGCUCCUCUUCUACAAAACGGAAGUCUCAUCACAACAAGCCAGGGGGGAAACGGAAAUACAAAGCAAGACAUUUGGAGGAGUCGUCCUCAAACUUAGCCCUGAACUCGAAUGCAGAAGGCGACUCCGCUUUAUCAGCAAAACACAAGAAAAAAAGCAAAGAAAAGCGUCAUAAAAGAUCGAAGGAGAGGUCCAGAAAGAGCAGCUGCAGCGGUGACAUGGAGCCCGCCGGGGAGAGGAAAGAACACGACCGAGGCAAGCAUCAUCACAAGAAAAAGAAGAAACACAAGAAAAACAAAAAGCACAAGAGCACUGAGCAGAAAUCAAAGCGCUCACCAACAGUCAUUACCAUUGAUAGUGACUCUGAUUCUUUUGCCAACCAUGAUAAUGUUGCCCAUAUCAGCAGCAACGAUAGAAAUAACAUCACUGAUUGUCCCAUUGAUGACCAAGUAAACCUCAAGCUUGAGGACUAUUCAUCACAGUUCUAUUAAUGGACUAGUGAUGGAUUCAUGGAUUAGUUGCCAAAGACUUCACAAAAGUAUUUUAGAUCCAAAACAGUGUUCGAUAAGGAUCUCCAGACAUUAACAAGCUAAUGUUUGUAUAUUAAAUUCAUCUGUUCAAUUAAAUUUGUUCACAAUCGUUUUUAUAUGGACAUUUCAGAAGUCUUUGGUGGAUGUGAAAAGGAAAAAUACCCUUAUUGUUUUAGUUUCUGGUCCUAACCAUAUCUUAAUAACAUUGUUUUAUGUUUUAACAUGGAUUUGGACUCCUUUUACAAAUAUGAGCUCAUAUUCUAAUUUCGUUUGUAAUGUGCAGAGAUAUUUCAGGGGAAAUGUGUUUUUUUUAAUGUAAAAUAUCAGCAAUAUUAUUGGAACAAAACUACUUCCACCAGCCUGAUGUGGACUUAGUGAAGUUAUUCACAUAUGAUGUUUGGAUUUUAAUAUGGGCUCCUUUUGUAUUUAAUUUAAGAAUAAAUGGUAUUGAAUAAUUCUA